CACUGGCUCUUUUCCUUCACCCCCCACUUGCACCCAUUAUGAAGAAGCUCAAGCGUCACCCGCCGUCUCCCACAGCGGAUCUCCGGCAAUUGGACGCUGAUUCCAAAUAUCUGUGCCCUGACACUCUUGUGAAAUUGAAGAAUGCUCGGCUGAGAAGACUUAAAAUUCAGCGAUUGAAGUUGAAGUAUACUUGCGAAGCCAAAAUCUAUGUCGCCCCCGUUGAUCGUCAGGAGGAGGGGACCGAGUUUGCGGAGUUGGAAAAUAAAGAUAGGAACAUUGAUGAGUCGAUGCGGAUAUCAUUGUCGCUAACGACGUCGUCGAAGGAGGAUGAUCGUUCGACUCUGGCGCCAAACAACGACGUCCUGGAUGCUUUCAGAAGUGAGAAAUACCGAGAGGAUGGCUUUGAUGCGGAGGAUCUAUCUUACGGUUCGGUGUCCUUGAUAGGUCGUAGGAAAGAGAUGGAAGAUGCGGUGAGCGUGGAGGUGGGGUUUGUGGCGAAGGAGAGAAUCAAGUGUGACUUCUUCGCAGUCUAUGAUGGCCACGGUGGGGCCCAGGUGGCGAGAGCGUGCCGAGAGCGGUUGUACCGACUGGUGGCGGAGGAGCUGGAAAGGCGUGGAAGAAACGGCGGUGAAGUGGAUUGGGAGGGAAUGAUGGAAGGGUGUUUUGGCAAAAUGGAUAAGGAAUUUGCGGACAAUGCGGCGGUACGGACGGUGGGAUCUACGGCAGUCGUGGCCGUGGUGGCAAAGGAUGAGGUGGUUGUGGCCAAUUGCGGUGACUGUAGGGCGGUGAUGGGAAGAGGAGGCGAGGCUGUCGCCUUGUCUGAUGAUCACAAGCCUGACAGACCUGACGAGUUGAUGCGAAUAGAAGCCGCUGGCGGAAGGGUCAUAAACUGGAACGGCCAACGCGUUCUAGGAGUUCUUGCCACCUCCAGGUCUAUAGGAGACCAAUACCUUCGACCUUACGUAAUAUCGAAACCAGAGGUGACGGUGACUAAGCGAACUAAUGAGGAUGAGUUUCUUAUACUGGCGAGUGAUGGCUUGUGGGACGUCAUCUCCAGUGAAGCUGCGUGUGAGGUUGUAAGGAAGUGUCUAAGUGGCCAGGCCAGGCGGAAUUCGCCGGAGCUUGAAAAUCAAAGCCUCGCGAGUGAGGCUGCAGCUCUGUUAGCUGAACUGGCAAUGGCAAAAGGAAGCGGAGAUAACACAAGUGUGAUCGUGGUUGAGCUCAGUAACCAUAAUAAAUUCACUUCUCCUUGGUGCCAAAUUAAUUAAUCUGUAUGCUUUGUGCGCGUAUUCUUUUCUUUAUAUGUAAAACCUGAACAUAGUGUUAUUCCUUGUUCUCUUUUUGCUUCUUGCCAAUGCAUUGCUGCAGCAGUUAGGUUCUCUUUCUUCCCCACUUUUCGAGAGACAUGUUGCAAAAUGUUGGAUCAGAGGUCAUGUCCGUGAGGGAUGAGCUUUUACUUUAUUGAGUUCUUCUGGGAAUCCAUCGAAUUCCCGACUCUA